CACAGACUCUCUUCAAUUACUUAACGGGAUCGUGAGGGGCCGUCCUACCAAGUCACGGCGCGUUAACCACGCAUUCACGGCUCACCCACCAAUCCUCCUUCCCCCAAACUAACGUCGUCUCCUCGCCGCUCCCUAACCCUAACGUCUCCCCCAAUGGCGUCUCCUGACGACGACUUCUCUCUCCUCAACCACGACGGUAACGCCCCGCCGUCAAACCCCGCCCUCGCCCACGACGCCGCCUUCUGCUCGCAGCCGGACCCCGACGACCCUAGCCCGUUCCACGACGGGUCCGAUCCGACCAAAUCCAGGGCCGGCCCGUCUAUCGAGAAGCGCAAGGACCGGGACGAGCUCAGCGACGGCGACGGCGGAACGACGCCGUACCCGCACAAAAGGUCGAGACUUUCCUCCGCCGCCACCUCCUCCGGCGGCGAGAGCAGGAAGGACAGGGAGGAGUGGAGCGACGCGGCGAUCGCGUGCCUGCUGGACGCGUUUAUAGAGAAGUACACGCAGCUGAACAGGGGGAAUUUGAGGGGGAGGGAUUGGGAGGAGGUGGCGGCGGCGGUGAGCGAGAGGUGCGAGAAGCAGAGGAAGAGCGUGGAUCAGUGCAAGAACAAGGUGGAUAAUUUGAAGAAGAGGUACAAGUUGGAGAAGCACAGGGUGAGCAAUGGCAGUGGCGGCGGCGGUACGGGGAGUCAUUGGCCGUGGUAUAAGAAGAUGGAGGUGAUUGUGGGGAAUUCGCUGCCGUCGUCGAAGGCUGCGUCGGAGGACGAUAAGGUGGUUGUGGGGUCGCCUAAUUCGGUUAGACAGUCGAAGAGAUAUGGAACUGGAACACCAAGCCCUGGUGGACAGACAGUUAAUAUUAAGUCAAAAUCAUUAACGAAUCCUAGGUGGCGGAGAGUGGUUUUCAAGAUCAGUGGUGCUGCUUUGGCUGGCACUGUUCCUCAGAAUAUUGACCCAAAGGUAGUAAUGCUGAUCGCCAGAGAAGUUUCAACUGCUUGCCGCGCUGGUGUUGAGGUGGCAAUUGUUGUUGGAGGCCGUAAUUUCUUUUGUGGAGACACUUGGGUUACAGCAACUGGUUUAGAUAGAUGUACGGCCUAUCAAAUUGGAAUGAUGGCCACUGUGAUGAAUUCGAUAUUGCUCCAGUCAGCUUUAGAAAAGAUGGGUAUUCAGGUGCGUGUGCAGACUGCAUUUUCCAUGCCGGAGGUUGCUGAACCUUACAGUAGGCAAAGGGCUAUUCGGCAUCUUGAAAAAGGAAGGGUUGUGAUAUUUGGUGGUAUUGGUGCUGGCACUGGAAAUCCACUCUUCUCCACUGAUACAGCAGCUGCUCUUAGAGCUUCAGAGAUUCAUGCGGAUGUUGUACUUAAAGGAACCAAUGUGGAUGGUGUCUAUCUCUGCGACUCCAGAAACAACGAUGUUGUAUCUGAGCACAUUUCCUUCAGUGAGUUGUCUUCUAGAGGUGCUUCCCCCAUGGACAUGAUGGCAGUAACAUUCUGCGAGGAGAAUGGAAUUCCUGUUGUGGUAUUUAAUCUACAUGAGCCUGGAAACAUUUCAAGAGCAUUAUGCGGAGAACAAGUCGGUACACUGGUUGAUCGGAACGGAAGAGUUAGCUAAUAUUUGCGGAUCUGUCAUCUCUCAAGUUACAAUACUUUGCAUUUGAACCGAUGAUCAUGUAACCGUAUGGUGGUUCUUUCCCAACCGAACGGAGUAAAUUGUAAUUUCUUCUGAAUGAAUAACUCAAUCAGGUUAGGGCAGACAUCAGUAACGGAACAUUAAUCUGGUUAAGACUUUAAUGCUUGUAUCAUUAAGCUUUGUAAUUUGCCUGUGUUGUUAACAUAAUUCUGUGCAGAGUGACAAUCAGUGUUUGGCUCUGGCCAUGGUGCUGUUGUGGGGUCUCCUGUACUUCUUGUAGUGGAAUUUGAUUCAAAUUUCUGGUAGUGGGAAUUCUGUGAUAAAGGAGUUGAUUCAAAUGAAUUAUCAGGGUUGGCGUACU